AUGUCUGAUUUUGUGCCAAAUAAUCGUCAUAUGCGGGAAGUAUUGAUUUUCUUCUUUCAUUCGAAGAAAACGGCGGCUGAAGCGCAUCGAGAGCUCCAAAAAGUUUACGGAGAUGCUGCUCUAAGUGAAACAACGUGCCGAGAUUGGUUCCGUCGCUUCAAAGACGAUGAUUUCGAUGUUGACGACCAGGUCGGUGUUAUUUAUUAUGAGCUGUUGAAACCGAACGAAACCAUCACUGGGGAACGGUAUCGACUUCAAUUGAUGCGAUUGAGCCGAGCACUGUGCGAAAAACGGCCACAAUACGCGGAGAGGCACGAAAAAGUGAUUCUACAGCAUGACAACGCUCGGCCUCACGUUGCAAAACCCGUUAAAACCUAUCUGCAAACGCUGAAAUGGGAAGUAGCUCUGCCAGAAAGAUGGGAAAAAGCUGUUUGUGAUCAUACAAGGUAUUUUACACACAUCUAUGUCGGAAAUGUGGGUUCUGUUCACAAUUCUCGUGUUUUCCGUUUAUCAUCUCUACAAGAAUAUAUUAAUAAUCCAAUGAAAUUUCCUAAUAAUACACAUUUAAUUGGAGAUGCAGCUUAUGCAUUACAUAAACAUUUAUUAGUUCCUUAUCCUGAUAACGGCCAUCUUACACAAUAUCAGAAAAACUAUAAUUUGUGUCAUUCUUCAACUAGAAUGGUAAUUGAAAGAGCGUUUGCUCUUUUAAAAGGCCGUUGGCGAAGUCUAUUACAUGUUCUGGUAGUAAAUUGUGUAGAUUUCGCACCUUAUCAUAUAUUAGCGUGUUGCGUACUGCACAAUAUUUGUUUGCUGCAAAAAGAUGAAUUGGAAAACGUGCGAAACAUUCAAACAGAAGUCGAAGAAGCAGAAUUAUUUAGAGACGGAAUUAUUGAGUAUAAUGACCGGAAUGUUGUAACAGCUAAAAGAAAUAAUAUUUGUGCAAAUUUACUUAUGAUAAACACAUAA